ACUCGCUUCAGACGCUUCAGAGGCGUCACAUGUUGUACAAACAUGCGACGAUCGGCACAGCAUGAGCGUCUAAAGGAUUUCAUUAUAAUUUUUUUUUUACUCGACGUUUUAUCUGCAAUUAAUUAUGAAAUGUACAAGCACAAUCGAAUGCUUAGAUCUUGGCAAAUUCCGGCAAUUAAAAGCUAUAAGAGAAGGUUUCACAAUUGUUCCCAUGGAAAGAAAGCUUCUAUAACUGUUGUUUAUUACUCGAAUGAAGAUGUCAACGUUAGAUGGUUGGUGUUAGAUCAUCAUAGAAGAUUAUUAUCUGACGAAGAUACAGCAAUGCUGCCAAUUUCAAAAUAUCAUGCAAACUAUAAAGUUGUAAAUCUAAAAGCUGGUAAUGUGGUUGCUACAACUUUACAUAUACAAAGGCUAAGAAUGGUUCAUAAAAUAGCUAGGUUUGAUGUUAUCAUCACCGGAAGAAGCACUCAAUAUCAAAUUGUUAAUAGGAUUACAAAAAAUUCAGCUUUCAAAAUUGAAAAUAUAAAUUGCGGAGAAUGGAUAACAACUCCUCCAGCCCUAAGAAGUUUACGACCAAAAACUGCCGUACUCUUUCAUUUCAAAGCUUUUUUCCCCCAUGAAAGGGGAGAAGAUAGAAACGAAAUGAUUCUACUCCGAGCAAAAUCGAGAAGAAUCCUCCUACCUUUCGUCAAAUUUGAUUCUAUAUUAAGAAUACAAAGGCAUAACACUAAAAUUGCUGAACAGCACGGCAAUGUGAUUGCCUCGGGAGAACGAGUGGUGGGCUCUGGUGGGCAAGUUACCUAUGAUCUAAAAUUAACAAUUCCUAACGUUACCCUAGAACACUCCGGAACGUAUUUGUGCUGUAUUAAGAGAGAAUUUGAUAAACUCUUUAUCCUAUCCGACGUUGCCAUAUAUCCGCAGAAAUCGCCUCUUCCCGAGAAGCCAUAUGUAAAGUUAAUACCUUGCCAUUCAUCACAUUAUAAUGAAGAUAAAAAAUUAUUAACUCUAUACGAAAAUAGAACAACUUGUAUAAUAUGCAGAGCGAUAGGUUAUCCAUUACCUCUCGUUCAUCUUAUUGAGACUUUCAGCGGUAAAGCAUUUAGCGAUUAUCACUCUGAAGAGUUUGUUAAUAUUGCCGCUGCUGGUGUCAAAGAAUCAGUUUAUGCCAUACAUAAACCAUUCAAAAAGAAAAUGCACAAGAAGAAUUUCGCAUGCAGGGCUGUUCAUCCUUCUAGAAAAAGCUUGGCUCAUUCUCAUAAAUUUAGCGUGGUUUGGGUUUGAAUGAACACUUCUCUAUCUGUCUUUAUCUUUCUAAAUAAUCUUCUCUUCUAUUGCAACAAAACAGAAAAAAAAGAACAAGUGGAAUACAGCAAAUUUAUCAGGUUUUGUUUUAAUUUCUUUCCGCCUCGGUGUUUUUAAAGAAGAAAUGAGAAACUUAUUUUGUGUUUAAUAGUUUUUCUUCCUCUCUUUCGAAAAACUUUUACAAGAGAACUUUAAGAAUUUGAUCGCUUCCGGUUCAUUUCAUGAUUUUGUACAAUACGUUAGUAGACUUUACUUAUCAUCUGAAAAGAGCUGCAUGAAUAAUAGAAGUAAUCUAAUUUAGACGCUUCGGUUUGAUUUACUUCCUUCUGAAAGCUUUUCUAUCUAAGACCAUCGACUAUCUGCAUAUUGUAACUGUUACUAGAAUAAAAUUUUCACAACAAACACACGCUAAAUAACGUUUUCUUAAUAGGAUAAACUGAGAUCUAUAGUAU